AUGAUAUUUAGUACAACAGACUAUGAAUAUGGUGGUAUUAGUGACUUUCUUUAUGAACAAUAUGGACUUACCGGUGAUAGGCGCCUUUUCUGGAUGGCUCAGCAAUUCGAAGAUGGACAUUUUCUUGGAGCACUCUCGCUCAACGCUGAUUUUCUCACUGGUGUACAUGUCAAUUCGCAUGUACCUCCAGUAUUAGGCAGUGGUCGACGCUAUGCAGUUACUGGUGAACCACAAUAUCGGGCAAUACUCGAAAAUUUCUACUCAAUUGUAUGGAACAAUCAUACCUAUUCGACUGGUGGAUCGAAUGGCGGUAAUGGUUCGGUUGGGUUUUACCAACAGGAACAUUAUAGUGAUGCCAACCUUCUAUCACAAACUCUUUGGAAUAAUAAUCAAGAAUUCUGUGUUCAAUACAAUAUGUUGAAGGUGAUUCGAGUUCUGAUCGAAUGGACUGGUCACAUAGAAUAUGCCAAUGCCUACGAACGAGUAUUCGUGAACAGUAUUUGGGGUACACAAGAUCCAAGUGAACCUGGUCAUAUGUUGUACAGUUAUCCGUUAGGAGAAAAUGUUAGUAAACCGACUUCCGUGGGCGGCGGAAUCGGCUUUGGUUCUCAGUUUGAUAGUUUCUGGUGCUGUUACACUACAGCUAUCGAUCAAUGGACGAAAAUGAGUGAUUCAAUCUAUUUCUUCAACAAACAGAACGGCGUCACUUCGAUCUAUGUUAAUAUGUUUGUUGCCUCAGAACUCGAUUGGUAUGUACAAGAAUAUGUAGUAAUUCGCCAGACGACCGCAUUUCCUCGAGAAGCAAUCACAACCCUUACGUUAGCUACAUCGAUCGAUGUCGUUACAUUGAACAUAUACCUCCGUGUACCAUCUUGGAUUGUCUCCAAUGAGUCCUGGAUUGAGAUCAAUGAUAUACGACAACAGAUCGAACUGAUACCGUCGACUUAUGUGCUACUUCCUAUUAGUCAGUGGAAAACGAAUGAUCGUAUUAUGUACAAUAUGGCUAUGCGACUGCAUGUUGAGCCGAUCAAUGAUAAUCCACAAUUGGUAUCUAUUCUAUUUGGACCCAUUGUUCUUGGUGGUUUGACUAAAAAAGCAAAAUCAUUACCCCGAGAUAUAAAUCUUAUUCGAAAAAUACACACUACGAUCCAAGAACCGAUUCAAUUCGAAGCAACAGCCCUGGAUAACUCUACUUUCCAAUUACUACCUCUGUACGAAAUUGUAAAUCAGACCUAUACAGUUUAUUUUCCACUUGGCUAA